AGUUCUACCACCAACUAAAGCGGAGAAGCACACGAUUUUGGCGUGCCUGUCCCACAUUCAAUAUAUUUUCUUUCUUCUCUUUUUUCUCCUUUUGCUCCUCUUCUUCUUCUGAGUGUUGUGCAUGGCGUGCACACCAUCUUGUGCAGCUCGUGUGUUCUUUUCUUUGUUAUUAUUAUUGUUCUAUAGGGCCUGCUACUCGAUCAACGUACUCGAUUUCCAUUACUGUUUCUAAUUUUUGUUUUAUACCAAUUUCUUUUUUUUAAAGAUUUAUUUUUACUCCUGUGUCAAUUACUUCGCCCACUCCCCUCUCCCCAGUUUUCUUUCGCUUCAUUGCGUUCUUACUAACAGGCGGACGAGUGUGUGUGUGUGUACCUGUUGUGCGUACAUCUCUCUCUCUAUAUAUAUAUCUUUUGCAUGUGCAUGUCUUCAUUAAUCGCUUCCUCUUCUUUCCAGUCCCAUUUUUGUUUUGGUGCAUUUCUCUCUCUCUCUCUCUCUCACGGUGUGUGUGUGUGUGUGUGAGUGUGCGCUGACGCUGUCAACGCGGUUCCUGUGGUCGUCUGGAUUUUUGUUUUUCCCUUUUACUACUCGUCAUUGCUACACCCCAACAAAGGACGCCGAAUCUUGUCACGGGCAUCUCUCGGCGCCGCUCACUCACUCCACUCACGACACCUCUGCGUUUUCUUUUUCCCCCUUUUUUAAAGUUAAAAAGCGCCUUUCCAGCUACGACUUUGUUUUUCUCCUUUGGUAUCCACCGGUGAAGGAGCAUCGCACAUCAACGGCGCGUAGGUUUUUCCUUUCUUCUCUAAGCUGCUGCUGCCCUUCUCGUUUUUUUGUUUGUUUUACUUCCUCACGCAUUCUUCAUUUCCGUACUCAGGUGCAGUGCGCUCAACACCUCCUGCACCUUUUCUUUCUACUUAGCGCGCGAGCACGCAAGAAGCGAAGCAACAAAUACGUAGUUAUCCAUACACACCCACACACAGACACGCAUAUACACAUAUACGCUCGCGCCGAAGCACCGGCUCAUGCAGCCGAUCCAGCCUGCGCAGCGAGUGGAGCGCCCACCACGGCCCACCUCGCCCGCCGCAGACGCUGACAGUCUCGGUGAUGACGACGACAGCGACACGACGACGGAGUCGAGCUACCUGAUGAGUGAGCGAUUCCAAACGUUGCCGUGGCCUAGCCCCGCUACACCGCGCUCCGGUCGCGAGUCGCCUAUCCCGUUGAUGCGGGGCAUGUCUCCGGCUUCGAGUCAGCAGCCGACGCACACGCCGGAGUCGUCGCUGACGGCUUGGUCGGGGGCCGUCAUUCUGCACAACUUAGGCCAUGGCCUCAGCAACAACAAUAACAGUACUACUGUGAUUGGUGCUAGCGGUGGCGCUGGUGCGAGCCGGACCUCUCUCUCACGUGAUAUCACCACCUUUAAUCUACUCCGCGCAAACUCGGGACGGCUGAAUGCGAACGUCGACAACAACGCCGCCCUGACGGAGGCGAACAUUGCGUUGCUGCGCUGCGCACCGUCUGGCGGAUUCAGCCGCCGAGACGCACGCCGGCUGCCACAACAGAACAGCGGGCGACCGCCGAAGACCCAUCACACCUCGCAAUCCCCAACCCGUGCGGGGGGUCCCACCGGGUACGUCGCAGCGAUCAAUAAGCGCUGGACGAAUUGCCAACCUCGCCACUCGCCGCAGCACGGACCUUUGAAUGAGUCGCCUGUGCGCAUUGGUGACCGAGACGAGGGGUUUAUCGGCGCCACGGCGGCGGCGGCAGAGGGUGGGGGGCACGUAACGGCUCCCCACACCAAUGACAAGGAGAACAUUGCCAUCGCGGACAAGAACAACUGUAAUGGCUACACAGCGGCGAUCCCUACGCCCAGGGAAGUUGGUCCCAGCCUGGGCGGCAAGAUAGCGGUCGUUACCCCUCUUCUCUCUCCUCUCGCGCUUUCGCAGGAAGCGGAUGCGCUGGCGCAGCCGGCACCGCGGCAAGAACGGGCAGCCAGCGGACGACCUCGCCGAGCGUCAUCGCGACAUCAGGCGCAGGUGCUGCCAGGGGAUGUGGGUACGACGGACACGGCCGGCAUAGCACCUGCGGCACCUGCACCGCCACCCUCCUUGCCGCCGGUGCCGUCGCCUACUGUCGCUGCCGCCGCCGCCGGCGCACCUCAACGACGUGCCAGAGUUUCUGGUCCAGCACCGACGGUGGCAUGCAUCCCUGUUAGCUCCACUUCCACCGCCACCACCACCGCCACUAUUACUACUACCGCCGCAACAGCAGCAGUCGGGGCAUUGAAUCCUGCGCCGACCACCACGGCGGUGAAGAUCAGCUCCGCGCCUGCCCCUGCGGAGCGUGCCGCACGGGCCUUGCCGAAGGCGGUUCCGCAGGCCCCGUCGCAGUACCUCUCGGGUGGCCGUCUAGUACAGGCGGCGCGCCGAAUGCCGGUAGGGGUGGUGGCCGCGCCGGCUCCGGCGCCAUCCGCGGCCCCUCCGUCGAAGACGCCGAUCAGCGCGGCACCGAAGGCAAGUGGGCAGAAGUCUCCGCUGACCCAUGAGCCGCCUCAGACGCAGCAGGACCAGAUGAAGAGCCCGAUCCUUCCUGUCGCAGCCGCGGCGGCACAUCCGUCGGACGCACAGGAGGAAAAUGCCCCUGCAACUGUUUCCGCUACCGCCGCUGCGAAUGGCAACACCAACGCAAGUGCUGAUGCCAGCAGCAGCGACGAUCCUAGGAGCCAAACAGACCCGGCCGUGCCGGACACCGACUCGUUGGAGUUCUGCAGCGUGCACACGAUGUCGCCCGCGCAGGCUCGUCAGCGACGCGUCUCGCAGCAGCCUCCGGUGACGGCGGAGUCUGCGAGGACCCAACCAAGCACACCUGCGAGCGAUGUCGCAGCAGAGCAGACGCCCCCUAGCGAUCUCCAUCGUAUUGACGCUGCCUCGCGAAAAGAAGCGCCGACGAGUCCUUCCAAUGCAACUGUGAAGAAGAGCGGCCCAACAGCCGCAAUAAAUACAAACAAGAGCGACGAGGACACAAAUGUGAACGCAGAGGCGCAGAAGGACGGCCGAAUAACCCGGUUGCUGACGGUGGAGGUUGCGCGGUUGGUUGUCGUGCCACUGAGCAGGACGCCCAAGUCAGCGAAGCGCACAACGCGGUCGCCUGCCGCUGCUGCGGCGAUACGGCCUGUACCGCCGUCCCCGCCUCUUGUCUCGAGUACACCGACCGCCCCUGACACCCUGGCGCUCCAACAGCAGCCGCCGUCCGCGGUGCUCUCCCCCGCAGCUGCCACGGCCGCCUUCAAUGUGGACGAGGCACCGAAGCGCACGCCAGCGACGGUGCUAUCGGGCCCUCCACACGACGACGCGGACCCUCUCGCGAGCCCGCCGUUGGCUAUCCGAGCGCUCCGCAGUGCCGGGCAGCCGCGGCACACCGUCGCGGACAGUCACUCCUUCCACUCCACCUUGCAUGCGUGGAGCGUGGACACCUUGGCGGACUGCAGACUCAGCAUGGCGAGCACGCAGCCGCCGCUGUCGGUGCAGUUCACACCGUCCGUGAAGGAGCGCAGCUCCAGCGUCGUCACGUCCGACCACGGCGAACGGGGAAGCUCCUUCACCUCCACCGCGUCUCCCUCGGCGGACGACAGCACGACGGAAAUGCUGGCCAAAGUCACCACCACCGCGGCGCCCCAACCACCACUGCUUCUGAGUCCACCGACCAGCCUGCCGCCGAGCGUGGCACUGCGCGCACGGCGCAGCUCGCGCGCCGUCAGCGGCAGCGCAGAGCGCAUGGCACUCACCGAACGCCGGGGGUCUGCGCCGGCGCAGAUGGAGCGACAACGAGACACCACCACCGCUGGAGCUACGACCGCUGCCCCGUCGUCCGUGGCGGGCGGCAACAACAAGUCCACCGCACCGGCACGGCACGGCCGACCACGCGAACUCGCAAACGUCGGCAGCGCGGACUACAAGCCUGUCAAGCCGGGCGCCGCUGCGGCUUCCGGCAGAAAGGGCUCGACAACGAUGGUUGUUGGAGGGCGGCAGCUGCCCCGCAUGUUCCCCUCCGCUGACGACGAUGGCGCGAACAAGUCCGCGUCUUCCGAGGAAGCGGCGGUGACGGCGGCGGAGGCGGACGGCACAGAUGACGCCGUUGAGCACACGCGUCGCCGUGCGCUGAGUUUGCCGGCGUCGUCGCUGGGCCACGGCACCGGCAGGAACCCGUUUGCGCCAGCGACUCUGAGUGCUACGACGACGACCGAACACGGUGUGGAUCGUGCGGGCCAUCCGCCUCCCUCUUCUCCUGUGGUUGGCAAAAGGAUGAAUGCGGUUCGGCGCACGGAGGCACACGACGGGGGCGAGAACGGAUGCGCCAAACGGCCUUCAUUGCACACGCAAGGGGCCGGCAACGACGCCGAGCCUCGCCGAGCUCGCCAGCCUCCGCUUCAACGCACUGAGGAGGCGAGGGAGAAGAGCGGUGCGCCUGCAUUGACGACAUCCCCUGUGUUGUCGGCCGGCGGCCAAGCAGAGAUCGCGGAGACGGCCUUUCAGGCUUCGCCGCUGCGUCUUCCGUCGCUCAUGCGCCUUCCACGGACGCCGACCACGGCCAUCUCAGCGGACACGAGCCCGACGACUCUGCAGGUGCACCCUCACUUCGCCAGCAGCACGAAUGAUGCGGACCAAAACGGCAGCAGCGGCAGCGGGCACGAGACCGCAAAGGACAGCAACGCGGCGACGCUGAGCGGUCGGCACCGGCCAAUGUGUCCCUUGCCAAACGGUGGCGCCAGCAGCGACGGCCACAGCAACACGAGCAGCCCCAACAGCGGCGUUGACGGCACGCACUCGGCAGGCAGCGCCGGUGCUGGUGGUGGCGAGGCGGCGUCCGACACCGUCCAGGGCAUGGCGAAGUCGUUUCACAAGAAGGCGCCGCGGUCUCGUCAGCGGGCGCCGUCGGUGGAUUUUUUCUAA